GUUCUUCUUGAAGUUCUUCCUCAAGUGUAACCAGAACUGUCUCAAGAACGCCGGUAACCCCAGAGACAUGCGUCGCUUCCAGGUGGUGACCAGCAGGUGGAUGGUGGGACCUCCUGGGCCGUCUCAGGACAACAUGUUCGUCCACAAUAACUCGAAGCACGGCCGACGAGCCGCGUCUGACCCAACUGAGGGUAUGUUUGGACUGUACCCCCCGCUGCCAGCUACCCCCUGCAUCAAGGCCAUCUCACCGUCAGAGGGCUGGACCACGGGAGGCGCCACCGUCAUCAUUAUAGGCGAUAACUUCUUUGACGGGCUGCAGAUCGUCUUCGGCACCAUGUUGGUCUGGAGUGAGUUGGUGACGUCACACGCCAUCCGGGUCCAGACACCCCCGCGUCACAUCCCUGGGGUGGUGGAGGUGACGCUUUCCUACAAGUCCAAGCAGUUUUGCAAGGGCGCACCUGGCAGAUUCGUCUAUGUCUCGUUGACGGAGCCCACCAUCGACUACGGGUUCCAGCGGCUGCAGAAGUUGAUCCCCCGGCACCCAGGCGACCCAGAGAAGCUGCCGAAGGAGAUCAUCUUGAAGCGCGCGGCGGACCUGGCUGAGGCGCUCUACUCCAUGCCCCGCAACAACCAGCUUGCCCUCCCCGCCCCACGCUCCCCGGCCAUGAACCAAACCUCCGCCAUGACCGGUUUCAACACCUACACCGGCCAGCUCGCCGUCAGCGUCCAGGACACGGCUAACACACAGUGGGGCGAAGAGGACUACACGAGGAGUCAGGGGCCGGGAGUAAGCCUGGCGUCGCCCCGGGGAGGUUUCGGUUCCAACGCCUCCACCCCCCACUCCUCCUCCACGGGCUCCUCCUCCUCCUCCUCCACCUACGGCGCCUCCAUCAACGCCGCCGCUGCUGCUGGUUACUCAUCUCCCUCCAACUUGGCUAACAUGACUGCUUCACCCAGUAUCUUCAACACUACCACAACAGCAGGCGGCGGGCACGGCGGACACCACCAUCACCACCACCAUCACCACGGCUCCUGGGGUGUGGCCGCCACCUCCUGCGCCUCCUCUUCGGCCGCCCUCUUCUCCCAGUUCACAGCCAACAUGAACAGCAAGCAGAGGAGCGCCUUCGCCCCCGUCAUCCCCAGCUUGCCCGCCACGCCCCCCCUCACGCCCAUCACCACCGUCACGGGCGGCUCCUCCAUGAACAAUAACGCUGUUGCUGCUGCCGCCGCUGCCGCUGCCGUCGCGCCCUGGCAACAGCUGCUCUCUUAGUGAAUGGGCGGUUUCAUGUCCUCAGCGUUCUCCUCCAUGGGCCACUUCGCGCUGCCUCCCUGCAGCGCCCAUCAGCCCUACGGCCCCUCCCUCGUCCACACCCCUGCCAAGUGAUAGUGGG